UGAUUUUUCGAUUGUCCCGCAGGUGGAUUUUGCGUAUCAUUUCUUCUGUACGUGAAGAAAUAUUUUAGAACUUUUUGAAAGAAACUAGGUGUUGAAAGAACGUUGGUCCGCCCGUGCGAAUUUUUGUCUUUGCUGAAGAGAGAGCAAAAAAUAAGAAUAAAUUAUAUACAUAAAUAUAGUAUCUGUAAGAAUUGAACGGAAGACUGAAGGCAAUUUUAUGCAAGCUGAUGUGCAGCCUUGAAGAGGAGCAAGUCGCUUGAGGAACAUUGACUUGAUUGCCGAGGGAAAAGCAAUGAAUUCCGGCACCAGACGGGCCCGGCAGAUUCGGCAGACGAUGAAAAGUGGGAAGCCAGUAACGUCGUCGCAAGCGGCGCCCUCCGGCGCCCGUCAGACGCCCAGCGCCGCCGAUCUCCGGUCGUCUGACGCAGAGGGUAUUUACCUCGGUGGCCGAUUCAUGCACACCAUCGCUAGCUUGGUGGGCACAGAGAUGUCGGUGAUCACGUCAGACGGGAAGCAAUACCAGGGUGUGUUCCACACGGUGUCACCAAGGUUCGAUGUGGCGCUGCGAUUGGUGCACCUGGUGGUGGGAGGGAAGCCCGGGCACCUGGAGCGGAACCUAGUGAGCGAGGAAAUGGUGUUUCCGGCGUCUGGCAUUGCUCGUAUCAUCGUGGAGAAUAUAUCCUUGGAAUACGCCACGAAGGAUAUCACUGCUGGUUUUGCGACGGACGGGACGAUCAGUGGUCGCUUCAACGGCGAAUUGCAGUCCAAGGACCUGCAGCCCUGGGAAGGGCCAGACGACGGCGACGAUUCGCUGAUGCUCGAGGACAAUUCCAAUGGUUGGGACGCGGAGGAAAUGUUUCGAAAGAACGCGCAGGACUUUAAGGUCAAGUCGACGUAUGAGGACGACCUGUCGGGUUACACGGUGCCGUUGCGACGGGAAGACACGGAGGAGUUCCGAGAGCGCGAGCGGAUAGCCGCCUUGAAGGCGGCCGAGAUUGAAGGCUCACUCGCCAGUCGGGCGAACGCAGAGCUGGAGAAUGGGAAUGAAGAAGACCAGUUUGCUGCAGUGCACCGACCGGAGAAGCCGCGGAUCGGAUCACCGGGAAGCGGCGGUUCUGGAAAGUAUGUGCCGCCUAGUCGACGUAAAAACGGCGCUGAUCGCGUCGGUCCGCGUGGUGGUGGCGGCGGCGGUAGUGGAGGAGGAGGAGGAGGCGGGCUCCGUCCGUCGCCGCCGGCCAGUGCGGCGGUGGCGCCGUCCGUUAAUGCUGGCCCUCCGCAACAACAACAACAGCAACCGCCGCCGCAGCAGCAACAGAUGGCGCCUCCGCAGGUGGUCACGGCUGCCGCCAUCGUCGCAGGCACCGCCCACGCUCAACCCACUCGGCCCGGGCCGGAUAAUCAUAAAUUGCAGAAAGAUGUUAGACAAGAAAAAAUUGAAUCGUCAGGAGGAUUGCCGCAACGUGUGGAAGCUUCUCAACGACGGGCGCAUUUAGCUGCGGAAAAGCAACAAGAACAGUCAGGUAGAGGGAAGAAACCGAAUCAGUCACCACCAGGUAGACAAGGUCCACCAUCACAGGGUGGUGGUGGUAGCGGUGGUGGAGGAAUGGGCUCUCAUCAUCAGCACCAUCGUCAACCAGGGCCUAAUUUAGGUGGCGGAAAAAGUAGGGACACAGCAGCAGAGCUCAAGAAAUUCGGCAAAGAUUUCCAGCUGUCUGAAGGCGGUCCACCGCAACAGCAGCAACAACAAUUAUUGCAACAACAACAACUGCAACAACCGCCACAAGCAACAGUGCCUGGUGAAGAGCCGCGGAACACUCCGGGCUCUACGCCAAAACCCGGAAUGACAGCGGGUCCCAAUGCUGGAGGCGGUGAACCCGAAGCGACACCUAGUGUAGCCAGUGCAGUAUCCACCACAGAUGUCGCCCCUAUUCCAGAUAAAAGCAUCGGGUCCACAUUGAACCCGAAUGCCAAGGAGUUCGUACUAAACCCCAAUGCGAAGGCCUUCACUCCUCGUUCUCCGAGUACUACAACGCCACCUAGGGUACAUACGCCGCAGCAACAAGCAAUGAUGCCACCAGGUCAGCAAAUCGCCAUGACCAUGCCUCACUUGACGGGGCUGUCCCUGCAUCACGGGGGUGGCCCACAUGGGCCAGGUGGUCAGCUGCCUGGACAGUUAGGAGCUCAUGGUCCACUGCCGCCAUCUGCGAGCUCAUUCCCUUACUAUCUGAGUUCGCCGUUCCUACCCAUUGUUCCGUCGUCGCACGCUGCUGCUGUUGCUGCUGCGAGCUUCCAGCCUGGCAAGCAGCCACGUUUCAAAGGCGUAGGAGGCGGUCCUGGCGGUGGACCUCCGAACCAUGGACCUGGGGUUCGUCAAGAAAUUCCUACUCAAGCUGCCGUCACGGGGCAGCCAAUACUCGCCGCAAGCUCAGGAGGAAUUCCUGGGAUCCAGCAGUUCGUCAACUACACCCCCUCUUUCCCCUAUCAAUUUUACAUGAUGCCGCCAGGAGCGGUGCCGAUGGUGCCGACGUUCAAUUUCGACGGUGGUGCCCAGCAGUUCGCGCAAGGUGCGCCACAACAACCCGGCAUGGGCCCGGGACCCAAUUCUACCCCAAGAAAUACGCCUGGCCCUCCGGGCCCACCUCUGCCGCCCCAGCAGCAACAGCAACAGCUCAUGUUCCACCACCAAGGAGCACCUGGUACGCCAUCUAAUAAUGGCAAUGGAGGAGCGGGAAACGGCGGCGGAGGCGGGAAUGGCGCUCCCCCGACCCCGACGUCGAGUGCAGGCGCCACGACGCCCACCACGUCCUUGGGACCGUCGCCGGGCCAGAUCGUGUAUUACCCGAGUUACCCGGGCCCUCACGUGGGCGGGCAUGCCGGCCCACCGCAGCCGCAGGCCCCGCCGCAACACCCACACCAGCACCCGCACCCACACCCGCUUUCCGGCAUGUUUCCCUCCGGCUUGCCUUUCCUUUCAGCCUGCACCACUAACAAUUGGCACCCAGCAUCAGCAGAGGCAUUCAAUCCCUUUGAAACCAUUGUCCAGGCCAUUGGAAACCUGUUGCCAAAGCCUGAAACACCAGAUUUUGUGCCCUGUGAAACAAGGGAACAAUGUAUGGCAUCAGAUGCCUCAGCUGUGUGCAGUGACACCAUGCAUGUGUGUGUGGGAUGCAGGAAUGCAGGUGUCAUGUGUGCCCUGUACUUUGGAUCCCAGUGUUCAAGGGGUCUGCAGUGUGUUGGCAACCCUGUGCAGAGAUGUGUGUACUGGAACUUGACAUCAGAACUGGUGCUGCCUGGCAAGGAUCUUGGACAUGAUGAGGACACAUCAAGGAUUCCAGUGUCCCCAGUGGAUAAUCCUCUGUCAAGUACAACUGUUGCUAUACCAAAAUCCCUGUUGGAGGUUUCUGGCAGGGAAGCUUCAACAAUAAGGUCAAGAAACACCUUUGGUCCCAGAACUGGUCAAAGAACAGUUCCUCAGCCAGGCUCUCCUGCUGAGGAUCAUUCCAGGUCAAACAAGGCCUUUGUUGACAACAUCCCCUCUAUUCAGCAUUCAUCAACUACAACAACAACCCAGUCAAGUCUUAUCCUCCCCCUCAUCCCAACUUCCAGGGAUGAAGCCAUUUCUCAGAGGAAAGUGUCUCCAGAGGCCUUGGAGCUCAUCAGACAAAGGGCAGUGCUCAGCAGAGUCCUGUCUUCCCUGUCCACAAUUGGAUUGUUUUUAGUCAUCCUUGGUUUAAUUUACAAGACUCAUGCUUUCAAAAAGAAGAUGAAGACUCACAACUCAAGGGAGGAGUCUGAUGAUGAGGAUACACUGUAUGAGGUUGAGCUGGGAAUGCAUCCUGCCUCAGACUUCUACAGGGUGCCAGGCAGAAGGAAGAAUAAUGUAUAUCAAGAAGUUGGACUUGCCACAUGUAGGGGAUCUCAAGAGUUCACAGAGAUCUCCAAUGAAUUACCAAUUCAAGCAAAUGUUCCGCAUAAGGUGCAAGUUGUCAGCAUUUCAGGGAGAUGCAUAGCCUUGGAACCAGUCAAAAAUAAUCAGAACUCUUUGCUAGACUCAAGUCUUGGCAGUGGACAGUUCCUCAUGCGCCCUCUGGUGCCCAUCCAUCAGCAACUCAUCAACAAGAACAAACAAAAUACUCAUAUCAAGAUCACAGUGUCACCAAACUCCAAAGACAUUGAAGAAGGAGACAAUCUGCCAUCUUCUUCAUCAGCAUCUCAUUCAGCACACCCAAUAAGCAGUGCUCCAGUGUCCACAGCCAGAAGCAAUCCUGCUCACAGGAAACUCCUCACAGACUUGCCAGAUUUGCAGGGAAGCUAUGAAAAGCUCAGGCCUGGUUAUAAAACCCAUAAGAGGCCUAUUGCUAAACAUUUGAAUCCAUUGAAGAUCAGGCGUUAUCGGUCUUUGUCUGCAGAGGAAAAAAAUCAAUGCAACUUGUCAAGCAAUAAUGAUAAGCAACAGAGACCUGAGUAUGAGUCAACUUUGUAUUCACCACUGUUUCCACCUCUUUGGAGGCAGUUGCUGGCCCCUGAAGAAGACUCUUUGCCUUUGGUGGCUGAUAUCAUCAGGACUCAUGAAAGUGCUGUUAAGGCUGCCAAGCUUGGAGCAGAAAAAAAUGUGCUUUUUGGAAUUGGAUUCUAAUAGCUCUUUCAUCAAUAUGUUAUGGGCUCUUUUUUAAUAAAGCAAUAUUUUCAUCUUGAAGA